UACCUUACUGUCACGGUAUUUAGUAGCUUGUCUGUCCGUUAUGAUGUGGAGCGUCUUACAUUCACAGACAUUGUAUGACAAUGAUUACAACCAACAUGAAAUCUUCAAUCAAGAUAGAAAAAUAGCAACUCUACGGUCGGUGUUAGAAGAAACAGAAAAUCGGAUCGAGGAAACAACAACCCGAUUAGAAAAAGCCGUUAAAAGUAGUAACGAUGCUUACAACGACUUACUGAGAAUGUACGACUCACAAAUAGUUCCUACAGAUACCACCAUCGAUGAAAUAUGUAAACGGCACCCAAAUUUGAUCUUUGGAAAAACAACACAAUGCCAACAAUAUUACAACUGCACUGGAGAAGUUGACAGUUUGAAUGAAUGGGUUGCCAACCGUUGGCCUUCAAAGUAUCUACACGAGUGUCAUUAUCCGUUUUUGUUCUCGGAGAAAAUGCUUCAGUGUGAAAAUUACACGAAGGUGGAUUGUGGGAAACGAUACGAACCACUCUGGGAAUGUAGAUACUUGAGAUUGGAUCUUGAACAUCCAAUGGGUUCUUGUACACGGAUAUUCCCCAAUUGCGAAAAAGUGAAGGAUGGAUUCUGGUAUGCUGAUGCCAGUGUUCAAAAGUGGAAUUAUUACAAAAUAUGUCAAGAUGGUAGAACAAUCGCAACAGGAAGGUGCCCAUAUAAUGACGUAUGGCGUAUUUCGUCUUAUCCUUACAAUGGGCAAUGUGUUCAUCUGUUUGCCAUCCCAUGGGCCGAUAACGAUUAUGGUUAUCUCCCAUCAUGUAAAGGGACAUCAGAUGGAAAUUACCAGUAUCCUGUAGGUCCCUGUGACGCUUACUACAGAUGUGAAGGUGGUAAUGCUACUGCGGUGAAAUGUCCGACGGACACUGUAUUUGACUUGGUUAGCAGAACGUGUGAGGUUAGGGCAGUGUGCAGCAUGUCUACCUUACUGUCACGGAAUUUAGUAGUUUGUCUGUCCGUUAUGAUAUGGAACGUCUUACAUUCACAGACAUUGUAUGACAAUGAUUGCGACCAAUAUGAAAUCUUCAAUCAGGAUAGAAAAAUAACAGCUCUACGGUUAACGUUAGAAGAAACCGAAAAUCGGAUCGAGGAAACAACAACCCGAUUAGAAAAAGCCGUUAAAAGUAGUAACGAUGCCUACAACGACUUACUGAGAAUGUAUGUUUCACAAGUAGUUCCUACAGACAUUACUAUAGACAAAAUAUGUAGUAAACACCAAAAUCUAAUUUUUGGUAGUCCUACUGAUUGCCAUAGAUAUUACAACUGCGCAGGAGAUCUUACAUUCAGUGGAUGGGUUGACCCUUAUGAGUUCUGGCCGACAAAAUAUCUACACGAGUGUCAUUACCCGUUCUUGUUCUCAGAAGAAACGCUUCAGUGUGAAAACUACACCAAGGUUGAUUGUGGAAAACGGUACAAACCAACAUGGGCAUGCAAAUACUUCCGACUACAGUGUAAACUUUCACACUGCAUACCAUGUGAAGUAAGAUAUUCAAAAUGUGAAUCCAGAGCAGAUGGCGUAUGGCCAGAUCCUGACACUGGUUUCUCCCCACGAUAUAUAGUAUGUGAAAAUGGUAAAGUAAGAGAUACAGGCACUUGUCCAACAGACGAGGUUUGGAACGUGGUGUCAUUCCCUUACAAUGGUCGAUGUGUACAUCUGUUUGCCAUCCCAACGGACUAUAAUUCUGCGGGUCUUCUUCCUUCAUGUCGAAUCAAGAACAAUGGGAAUUACCAGUAUCCUGAACGUCCUUGUGACGUUUACUACAGAUGUGAAGAUGGUAAUGCUACUGCUGUGAAAUGUCCGACAGGGACUGUAUUUGACACAUAUAGUAGAACAUGUAAAGUUGGUGGCAAAUGUUGUUACAUCAAUUAGGUGUAUAAAAUGUGUUCUACAUUCUACAAUAUGUACGUAGUCAUUAAUUUGCUGAUGGUUAUGUAUUUCUAAAAUAUUUUCAUUAGCAGUCCAUAACUCUUUUAAGAAACUUAUCCUACUGUUUAUGACACGAUAAAUGUCAUUGAUGUAAAUUGAAACACUGGUUUGCUAAUCAGGAAUUGGUUGGUUUAACAUAUGUGACUCACUAACAAUACUUGUAGCUUGGCGAGUGUUGUAAUAAAUAUAAUC